ACGAGGAUGAAUAACGCGUGCAUGAAUAUUCGCACGUCAUUGUUUUUCAAUUUGAUAAGAAACUGGGCGGUCUUAUCGUACCUCACAAAAAGUGAACGCCCCAUUCUACAAUAUUGUGUCAUUUAAUUUGAAAAUUUCUGAUAAGCGUUCAUUAGUAAGCCAUGAUUGAAAAGUCGCUGGAUCUGGUGGGGGAUGAAGGAGAACCACUGAGGCGCCAAGGAUCACUACGGAAAGUUUUACCCCCCAACCCAAGUAGUGAAGGUCCUCUCAGCUUGUCAGCAAAGAUGAUUGACCGUCCUACAGUGGCAACCAGAAAUGUCAACAGAGCUUAUAGUUCAUAUCUACAAGAAUACAGCAUAAUUUCAGAAUAUGGUAUGGUCCGGGAACAAAGCAUACCUGGGGUAUAUGUGAUUCCAUCUGCUCAGUCUUCUUUGUUAUGGUUUGGUGUUCUUUUCGUACGGAAAGGUGUUUAUCAGGGAGGAGUAUUUCGAUUUACUCUUUUAAUACCAGAGAACUUCCCAGAUACUAAAAGUCCUCCACGCAUAACAUUUCAAUCAGCUAUGUUCCAUCCGCAAGUGGAUUUAAAAUCAGGGGAAAUGAAUGUCAAACGUGACUUCCCAGAAUGGAGGAAAGGCCUUCAUUUGUGGCAAGUCCUUGAAUUCAUGCGAACUGCAUUUUAUAUUCUUGACACAAAAGAACCAGUCAAUGAAGAGUGUUCUGAAAUAUAUAAGAACAACCCAGAACUUUUUACAGAAAAGGUUAAACUUUGUGUAAAAAAUAGCCAAGAUCAUCUUUAUGAUCCACCCCCUGUAGAUGACCCUCAUUAUUUGAGAUUUGAUCCUUAUGACAGAGAGAAACAUGAGCCGGUCCGAGAAUCCAUUCUAAACCCAAAGGAAAGUAAUAGACCUACACAUUCCCUUGGACUAUCCUGGGUUCAACCAGGAUCCUUAGAACCUUUUUCAAAGACCACUUAGCUCUGUAUAAAUUUUAGCGAUAUUUUCACAUUAUUGAUACAUUGUUAUUUUCAUUGUUCUGUACAGUACUGAUCUUAAUUUAGCACCUGAAGAAAGUAUUUUAACAUUAAUAUUUUUACUAUGUGUCUUGCAAGAGAAUGUGAUAGUUGUUGUUGAUUGUUGGGUUUAAAUUAUUGAUUUAUGGCAGCAGCAGUUGGUCUAUGUUUUAAGGUGAAAUAUGAUUAUCCUUGGACCAUUGUAUAGCUUGGUUAACACUUGCAUUAGGAAAUUUUUAUGUGCUGGUUAACUUAUUGUUUUUCUUAUGUGAAUAUUUUAUAUGUCCUUCAUAACUGUGAUUAUUGUGUUCUGCUGUGUUUACACACAUCUUUUUCUCAGUAAUGGAGAUUGCACCACUGUUUAUUCUUAGAUGGGCUCUCCGGACAAACAGUAAUAGUGCCUCUCUGUUGUUUUUACCUUUAUUGACUAUGAACACAAGAACGUGAAUAUUUGUUGGGUUUACUUUCAUUAAAAGCUUGUACAAAUAAAUUGGCCUCAUAAUGAUUGGAUAUCACAA